AUGCCCAGCAACUGGAUAUCUACCACGUCCCUUAAAAGUGUUGAGCCGGGCGACAUGACUGGGGAAUAUUAUAUUCUCUUUUCCAAUUUACCGUUUAAUUCGACCUGGCAACAAGUAAAAGACUGGGUUUCAGCAUCUUGUGAUGUCGAUUUUGUUGAGGUAUAUCCCGUCAGUAGUUCGGGAUGGAUCCGCCUCAAAGGGAAGGGUAACUUUAAAAACGCAUUCACAUACAUGGACAACGAGCCAUUCAAAGAUCGAUGUAUAAUCAUUGAUGGCCGAAACGAAACCGAAUGUGUAAACAUCAGGGUCAGACAGCCGGGACGCUUCAACCGGAGAUCGAGUCUGACCGGGGGGAAUCGGGGCCGGAGAACGGCACUGAGGCAAUCCCAGUCGCCGAGCCAGGGCCCCAUGCCACAACACCGUCGCACGGACAGCCUUGCUCAGAGCGAGGUUGAUGCUGCUGCUGAUACUGCAGACACUACUCGUGCACCGGUGAGGGCAAAUGAAGAUGUUUUGGCUCUUGCCAACUUCAUUCUUAGCAUGAGUCUGCGGAGCACUUUGCAAAUGCAGCAGCAGUACGGUCUUCCACUUGGCUUUCCUUUUUAUGGCGGGGGGUAUUAUACUAUUGGCAACGCCAAUACUUUCCCUAACUAUGAUGGCGGUCAUGAGCAAGAUGAAGCUAUUUUUGCGGAUGAUGCCUCGCAGAGUUCCCAUUGA